AUGAGAGUAUCUUUUUUACUUAUUAUUUGUGUAUUAUUCCUUUCCACCUUAAUUGUUUAUGCAAAGGAAUCAGAGAGAAGAGGUAGGGAACUUGAGGAACCAAACAUUAGACGACAAUUUGAUGCAUUGGAUCUAGCAAAUAGUGGCAAGAGAGCCAAACAUGACGAGGAGAUUAGAAGAAUCCGUGAACGUCUCUUGGAGGAGUACAGAUCAACCAAAAAUGCAGAGGGCAAGGAAGCCAAAGAUGAAUUGGAAGAGCGUGCCAAAGAACUAAACAAACUCAAGGAACAAAACAAAAAGACUGAAAAACAAUCAAAAUCCAAGAGCAAGCACAAUGAUGCAGAGGAAAAUGUUGUAGCUGAUUUGGAAGCCACCGAGAAUAGAUUCAACAACGAAGCAAACAACAAUGAAGCCGAAGAAAAUUUAGUUGCUGAUUUGGAGGCCAUCGAGAAGAGAUUCCAAGAGGAAGCCAACAACAAUAACAACAAUAACAAUAACAAUAAUAACAACAACAAUGAUGAUGCCGAAGAAAACUUAGUCGCUGAUUUGGAAGCCAUCGAGCAGAGAUUCCAAGAGGAAGCCAAUAACAACAACAACAACAACAAUGACGCAGAAGAAAAUGUAGGUGCUGAUUUGGAAGCCAUCGAGAAUAGAUUCAACAAUGAAGCAAACAACAACAACAACAAUAACGAAGCAGAUGCCGAGGAAAAUAUUGUUGCUGAUUUGGAAGCCAUCGAGAAGAGAUUCCAAGAGGAAGCCAAUGAAGCCAACCAAGCCAAUGAAUUCGACCAAUACAACCAUCAAAAUGUUGAAGACUACCAAUCGAUUGUCAAUAGAUUACAACAAUUUGAAGAAAGACAAGAGAAUGACAAUGAAGCAAACCAAGCCAAUGAAGCCAAUGAAUUCAAUUUGGAAAAUGUAGUUUCUGAAUUGGAAAAGGAUGUUAGUCGUAUUGCCAACACCAACAAUGACAAGGAGAAUGAAGAAGUUGCCAACAACAAUGAAGCAAACAACAACAACAACAACAAUAACGAAGCAGAUGCCGAAGAAAAUAUUGUUGUCGAUUUGGAAGCCAUUGAGAAGAGACUCCAAGAGGAAGCAAAUGAAGCCAAUGAAUUCAAACAAUUCAACAAUGAAAAUGCCGAGGACUUUGAAAUCACUAUCAAUAGAUUGGAAGGUUUGGAAGAGAGACAGGCUGAAAUCAACCAAGAGCAAGCAGACUUGGAAGAAAUAGUCAAUGAAUUGGAGCAAGAAGUUAGUCGUAUUGCCAACACCAACAACAAUAAUGAAAAUGCCAAAGAGAAUGAAGUUGACCAAGUAGAAGCCAUUGAAAAGAGACUCCAACGUGAAGCCAGAAGAGAAUCCAACAACAAUGACGACUUUGAAGAAAAUAUCUUCUCUGACUUGGAAACCAUUGAAAAAAGACUCCAACUCGAAGCCACUCUCAACAUUGACCGUGCUGAUGCCAACAAUAAUGAACUCUCAAAUGUCAACCUUGAAGCUUCAAAACUUCAAGAAAUGAUCCCAGUAAACUAA